CUCUCUCUCUCUCCCAAAACAUCUCUUUCAUUGUAUCCGUUAGAACAGUUCGUAAUCCGCCGCUAAAUCAAACCAGAGAGAUAGAUCAAAGCAGAGAAGAAGGAAGGAAGAGGAAACUGAAAACGAUGUCGUUUAGGGAGAAGAUGCCGACGAGUCCUAAAUCGCCUCUGAGAAGGAGACGUGCGAGCUGGACCGGUCCAUGGCUAAACCAUCCUACGACGUCGUUCAAGCAAGUAGUCUCCGCCGUCAUUCAAGCCCAGUCACCGAGAUCCAGGUUCAAAUCCGCCGCUUCUGAAUUCUCCGAUGUCGAUCGAACACUUUCGUUGUCAGAUUCCAUCAUCCUCAGGAUCCUCGAGAAGCUACCUGAAUCUCAGAGCAGCGAUGUCUCUCUCGUGUGUAAACGGUGGUUGAAUCUUCAGGGACGGCGUUUACGGACUAUGAAGGUUUUCGAUUGGGAUUUUCUCUUGUCUGGGAGGCUUGUCUCUAGGUUUCCCAAGCUUACGAAUGUUGAUUUGGUUAACGCGUGUUUGAAUCCCUCGAGGAACUCGGGGAUUUUGCUUUGUCACAAGUCGAUUUCGUUUCAUAUAUCUACCGAUUCGGCGUCGAAUUGGGAUUUUGUUGAGGAGAAUUUGUUGCAUUGUGAAAUGGUUGAUAGAGGGGUUAGGGUAUUAGGAAGAGGGAGCUGUGAUUUGCUUAAACUUGUUGUGAUUAAUGCUACUGAAUUGGGAUUGCUGAGUUUAGCUGAGGACUGUUCCGAUUUGCAGGAGCUAGAGUUGCACAAGUGUAGUGAUAAUCUCUUGCGUGGUAUUGCUGCUUGUGAGAAUCUGAGAGUUUUGAAAUUGGUUGGAAUUGUAGAUGGAUUGUAUAGUUCGUCGGUUUCUGAUAUAGGUUUGACGAUUUUAGCACAAGGGUGUAAGAGAUUGGUGAAGCUGGAGCUUAGUGGUUGUGAGGGUAGUUUUGAUGGGAUUAAAGCAAUUGGGCAGUGUUGUGAAGUGCUUGAGGAAUUGACUAUUUCUGACCAUAGAAUGGAUGAUGGUUGGAUAGCUGCGCUUUCGUAUUUUGAGAAUUUGAAGACAUUGAGAAUUACGUCGUGUAGAAAGAUAGAUUCUAGUCCUGGACCAGAAAAGUUGCUGGGAUCUUGUCCAGCUCUGGAGAGUUUGCAACUCAAAAAGUGUUGUUUGAAUGAUAAGGAGGGGAUGAGAGCCUUGUUUAAGGUGUGUGAUGGAGUAACUAAGGUUAAUAUUCAGGAUUGUUGGGGAUUGCUUGAUGAUUCUUUCAGCUUGGCUAAAGCUUUCAGGAAGGUGAGGUUUCUGUCUCUGGAAGGAUGCUCAGUCCUAACAACAAGCGGCUUAGAGUCAGUAAUUCUACACUGGGAAGAGCUUGAGAGCAUGAGAGUAGUGUCAUGCAAGAACAUAAAAGACAGCGAAAUAUCAGCGGCACUCUCGUCUUUGUUCUCACUUCUCAAAGAACUAACAUGGAGACCAGACACAAGGUCUCAUCUCUCAUCUAGUCUCGAAGGUUCCGGUAUUGGAAAGAGAGGCAGCAAAUUCUUCAAAAAGAGAUGAUCUUAUGUCAAUGUAACGUAGGUUCUCGCAUCUCAUGUACCCUUGGAAAUACUCUUGAGGCAUCAAUCAAUCAUUACUCUCUGUUGUAAAAUCAUAUGUAUUGCAAUGUUCUGUUGUUAUGUAUAAUAAAAACUCUUGUGUC